AGUUUCAUUUCUGCCAGUGCCCGGGGGGAGUGAGCCGCACAGCAUAUAAGAGGGAAGCGGAGACGGCCAGGAUGACUCCUGGUGUGCGUUGCAGAGGCACAGAGAGCUUGUCAGGCAGACGCGGUGCUGAGCAACGGGGAGCACUCCCACCAGCUCUGACUCAGUGACGGCUAAUGUCUAAGGCCCACACUUCUUGGCCAUACCAGAGGCGCAAGAUGUUUUGUCCCCAACAGCAACCAAAAAAAGAACUGAACAUCUUCCACCAGCAGCCCCCGCCACCCGGUGAGGCAGCAGGACACAUGAUGUGUCCCCCGAACCAUCAGGUCAGAGGGCAGGAUCCAGCUUAUCUCAUCAAGGAGUUCCACUCACUGGCCCUGAACCCUCAGCAGCCAGAAGGAAGCAGGGGCCAACAGAGGGCAAAGGGCCCCGAGCACAGUCUGGCUAGCCAGUAUGAGGAGAAGGUGCGCCCCUGCAUCGACCUCAUCGACUCCCUGCGGGCGCUGGGCGUGGAGCAGGACCUGGCCCUGCCCGCCAUCGCCGUCAUCGGGGACCAGAGCUCGGGCAAGAGCUCCGUGCUGGAGGCUCUGUCGGGGGUCGCCCUCCCCAGGGGCAGUGGAAUUGUGACCAGGUGCCCGCUGGUGCUGAAGAUGAAGAGGCAGCCACAAGAGAGCGCAUGGAGGGGGAAGAUCAGCUACCGCAAGACGGAGCUCCAGCUCCAGGACCCCUCCCAGGUGGAGAAGGAGGUCCUCAAAGCCCAGAACACCAUAGCUGGGAACGGAGUUAGCAUCAGCCAUGAGCUCAUUAGUCUGGAGAUCACCUCCCCUGAGGUUCCGGAUCUGACCCUCAUUGACCUUCCUGGCAUCACCAGGGUACCUGUGGGAAACCAGCCCCAGGACAUUGGACUGCAGAUCAAGGCACUCAUCAAGAAGUACAUCCAGAAGCAACAGACGAUCAACUUGGUGGUGGUCCCCUGCAACGUGGACAUCGCCACCACAGAGGCGCUGAGCAUGGCUCAGGAGGUGGACCCCGACGGCGACAGGACCAUAGGAAUCCUGACCAAACCAGAUCUCGUGGACAAGGGUACCGAACACGUGGUCGUGAAAGUGGCGCAGAACCUCACGUACCGUCUGCAGAAGGGCUACAUGAUCGUGAGGUGCCGGGGGCAGGAGGAGAUCACCAACAAGCUGAGCCUGGCCGAGGCAACCAAGAAAGAAACGAUGUUCUUCCAAGCACAUCCGUAUUUCAGAGCUCUCCUGGAGGAAGGAAAGGCUACGGUGCCCUGUCUGGCAGAAAGACUGACCAAUGAGCUCAUCUUGCACAUCAAUAAAUCACUCCCGUUGUUAGAAAAACAAAUAAGGGAGAGCCACCAGAGGGCGACAGAGGAACUGCACCAGUGUGGAGACAACAUCCCCAGCAAUGAAGCGGAUAGAAUGUUCUUUCUGAUCGAGAAAAUUAAGGUGUUUAAUCAGGAAAUUGAAAAGUUAAUAGAGGGAGAAGAAGAAGUAAAGAAGAAAGAUACCCGCUUAUAUAACAAAAUCAGGGAGGAGUUUGAAAGCUGGCUACUUGUACUCACAGCCAAUAACCAAAAAGUUAAAAAUAUUAUUCACGAAGAAGUCUCAAUAUAUGAAAAGCAGUAUCGCGGCAAAGAGCUUCUUGGAUUUGUCAGCUACAAGACGUUCAAGACCAUAGUGCACCAGUACAUGGAACAGCUGAUAGACCCCGCGCUCUCCAUGCUGCACAAGGCUGUUGAAACUGUCUGGCAAACGUUUGCCGAUGCAGCCCGGAGGCAUUUUAGUGAGUUUUCCAACCUCAAUCAAAUGGCCCAGAACAGGAUUGAAGACAUAAAAACGAGACAAGCAGAAACAGCAGAAAAUCUGAUCCGACUUCAGUUCAAAAUGGAGCAGCUGGUUUAUUGUCAAGACGAGAUUUACAGCGUGGUUCUGAACCAAGUCCGGAAAGAGGUUUUUAACCCAGCAGGAAAGCCCUUGCAGAAUCCUGAGUUGAAACUGUCAUUCUCAAAAGAUCAGUCUUCGGUGUCGUCCAUCACUGAGAUUGGGAUGCACCUGAAUGCGUAUUUCUGGGAGACCAGCAAACGUCUCGCCAACCAGAUCCCAUUCAUAAUUCAGUAUUUCCUACUCCAAGAGUAUGGCAGUUGCUUACAGAAAGCCAUGAUGCAGAUACUACAGGAGAGAGAGCACUAUUCCUGGCUGCUUCAGGAACAGGGCGACACCUCCGCCAAGAGGAGAGUCCUUAAGGAGAAGAUCUACCGGCUGGCUCAGGCGCGGCGCGCUCUCUAUAAUUUCUGCAAUUAAAGGGGGCGGGUCCACGGAGGGGCAACGAUGCUUUUGGGUUUUCUCUUCUGUGCAUUCACUGUAAGGGGAUGCGAGAAGUGGCUUCACAUUUGGAACCAGCUUUUUCUGUUGCCGCCUGUAUCCACCUUUGCUGUCCUGCAUUUGCACUCAGCACCAGACUUUGUAUCUGAAGUCCACAUGCACCCAGGGCUGUCACCUCCACCAGGAGGCCUUCUCUGAUCUCCCCAAGGAGGUGGCUCUCCGGUCCUUGAGCCCCACAGCCCCCAGUUGUUGACUGUAGCCAUGUUUCCAGCCCCCAGGGGAAACGAGCGUGAGCGAUACCAAUUUUAAUGUGUACUGUUUCCCUGGCUGUGACGAGCUCCCGUUGCUACGUUAAGUCCUGAAGAGAAGUUUAAUAAGGAAAAAAACAUUUUUUAAAAGAUUUUAUUUAUUUAUCUGACACAGAGAGAGCCCAAGCAGGGGGAGCAGGAGAGGGAGAAGCAGGCUCCCCGCUGAGCAGGGAGCCCGAUGCGGGGCUCGAUCCCAGGACCCUGGGAUCAUGACCUGAGCUGAAGGCAGAUGCUUAACUGACUGAGCCACCCAGGUGCCCCAGGAAAAGCAUUUCUUUUUUAAUGUAGAGGUUCACACCGGCGGCCAUCUCUAGAUUGGAGGAUUACGCCUAAUUUUAUUUUCUUCGUCAUGCUAAGCAAUACCUACUUCAGAGGAAUUUUAGGAGGGUUAAGUGAAACCAUUUCUACAAAACAAACCUGUCCCAAAGCAGGUGUUCAAAAAUGCCAACAAUUCUUUCCUCUCCAUCAAACACCUCUUUCUCCCUUACUCUCUAGGUCCGUAGAGCAGCCUUCCUUUCUAAAGCCCUACUAGCCAGCUCUAACACCCGUUCUUUGAUACUCUGUGAGGCAGGUGUUACGUGGUGUCAGAUGAGCCCAGCCUCAUUGUUUUGCAGGGGCAUGCCCAGUUUUCCCAGCACCAUUUGUUGAAGAGACCAUCCUUCCCCCAUUGGUCUUGGCACCCCCAUCAAAAAUCAUUUGGCCAUAUAUGCAAGCACUUAUUUCUUAUUUCUAGUCCAUUGGUCUGUGUCUGUCUUUAGGCCAGUACCACACUGUUUUGAUAAUGGUAACUUUGUAGUAAGUUCUGAAAUAAAGAAGUGUGAGUCUUUAGCUCCCUUCUUCUUUUUCAGGAUUGUUUUGCCAAUUUCGGGGUAGCUUGAGAUUCCACGUGAAUCUUACGGUGGGUUUUUCUCUCUCUACAAAAAAUGUCAUUGGGAUUUUGACAGGGAUUGCAUUGACUCUGGAGGUCACUUUGGGUGGUAUUUGCAUUUUAACAAUAUUCAGUCUUGCAAUCCAUGAACACUGGAUGUCUUCCCAUGUAUUUAUGUCUUCUUUAAUGUCUUCGAGCAAUGUUUUAUAGUUUUCAGCAUGGCUUUCAUUUCCUUGAUUAACUUAAUCCCUAAGUAGUUUAUUCUUUUUGAUGCUGUUGCAAGUGGAACUGUUUUUCUUCAUUUCUUUUUCAGAUCGUUCAUUGUUAGGGACCAGAAAUGCAGCUGUCUUUCAUGUGUUAAUUUUGUGUCUUGGUACUCUUGAAUUUGUUCAUUAGUCCUAACAGGUUUUUGUUUUUCAUUUUCGGGGGUUUUUUUGCUGAAUAUUUGUGGUUUUCCACAUAUAAAGUCAUACAGUUUGUGAACAGAGAUAAUUGUACUUAUUCCUUUCCAAUUUGGAUGCCUUUCGUUUCAUUACCUUGCUGGAUUCCUCUUCUGAUAGUACCUUGAAUAGAAGUGGCAAAAGCUGGGAACCUUGUAAAGUGUCCCGGAUUUUGAGGAACCUUUGCAAUAUUGAAAGUGAUGGUUGUGAAAAGAGCGUAUGAAAGAGAAAACAUUGGUCUUAGUUUUGGUGUCCUUUACUUUUCUUUUUUCUUUUGUAAUUUGGACGUUCCUCCUCAUUUUAUGAGUUGCGUCACCUACACAAAUAGCAGUGCUGAGAAGACCCACUGUCCCUGUUCCCUUUGUUGUCUUCUUAACCUUUAAAGUAUAGAUGCUGUUGUGAAAAUAAAGUCUGAGAAAAAUAAAGUCUGAUAU